AGAUAGGCCUUGCGAAUGGCAGGAGCAGAAAGCUAGGCCGGAUCUCUAUGGAACUGGCAGAGGUAGAGGCGCCCGCGGUGGUGCAUAGGGCAGCAGAGUGGAUGUGUCAAGUCGCAGGACUGAGAGGUCCAUGCGCGGCCGUCCUCAAUUUGUUCAGAGGAAAAGGAG